AUGAGGAAGCUAGGCUUUGGGGAAAAAUGGAUUAAAUUGGUUAUGGAUUGUGUUACUUCAGUAACAUAUUCUGCCUUAGUAAAUGGACAGCAAAGCAGUAUUAUAAAGCCAUCAAGAGGAAUUCGUCAAGGAGAUCCUAUUUCUCCUUAUUUGUUCAUCCUUUGUGCUGAGGGUUUGAGUUCACUUGUGGAUAUGGCUGAAAGAAAUGGUGAAAUAAAGGGGGUUGCUAUAACCAGAGGAGGUAUAAGAGUAAAUCAUCUACUCUUUGCUGAUGAUUCUGUCAUCUAUGGAAGAGCAAAACUGACAGAGUGGUACAAGAUUCAAAAGCUGUUAGGCACAUAUGAAAGGGCCUCGGGUCAGUGUUUAAAUAGACAAAAAACCACCAUUUUCUUUAGCUCCAAUACACCUAUGGCUGUAAGAAGACAAAUUCAGGAAGUGGCAGGGGUAGCUGUUUGUGGCAAUUUUGAGAAGUAUCUUGGUCUUCCUUCUAUUGUAGGUAGAUCAAGAUAUAAUGCUUUCAAGCAUUUAAAGGAGAGAGUUUGGUUGAAAGUAAAUAACUGGAAGAAUAAGUUCCUUUCACAGGCAGGGAAGGAAGUGCUGUUAAAAGCUGUGGUCCAAGCAAUACCAACGUAUUCUAUGAGUGUUUUUCUACUCCCAAGGAAAUUAUGCAAAGAAAUAACUGCUGUAAUGGCAAGAUUUUGGUAG